GAUCUGUCACUGCUGAACCGUGAUGAAUCCAAGGUCAUCCUUGUCGACGACAACCCAAAGAGCUUCAGGAAGCAUCGUGCGAAUGCGCUGCCGGUGAAACCGUUCAAGGGCGAACCGUCAGACCGCUCUCUCAAACUCCUCGCCGAGCUCCUCGUCUCGCUGCGUCACGCUGAACUGUCGGACGUGCGCGACGUCAUCCAGACAUACAUCGGCGUUGAGGAUGCUGGUGAGGAGUUUCAGCGGCGGCGGGAAGAGAUGGCGAAGCAGCAGCAGCUGAUGAUGCAACAGCAACAGCAGCAACAACAACAGCAGCAGCAGAGGGAAGAGAGCAAUGGUGGUGGCAAGAAGAAGAGGGGUUGGUUCUGGUGA